CCUUCAGCUUCUUACCGGACUCUGGUUGUCUUCCACCGGGACCACCGUCUCUCUCUACCGGACUCUGCCCGGCUCGGUGCGACCCUGCCCGGCCUGAGGACCCGCUGCGGCUCGGAGCUGCAACCCGAGCAGCGAGCUGUAGAUGAGACCCGUCCUCCUCUGACCUUCUGGAGGAAGUUGUCGCCACAAUUUAACCAGCACGUUCUCUCUGCUCUGCCCCCGGUGCACCAUGGGAUUUGCAGUCCUUUUCGCUCUCCUCCUCUCUCUGGUGACAUCAUCAGUGUGUGUUGGAGUGGACGUGGCCAGUGAAGGUGGCGCUGUGCUGUGUCCUCUGCUGUGUGUGUGUGAGACGAGGCCGUGGUACACCCCCCAGUCUGUCUAUCACCAGGCCAGGACGCUCGACUGCAAUGAACUCCAUCUGCACAGAGUUCCAGCCAACGUGUCCUCUGACACACAGGUGAUGCUGCUGCAGAGUAACAACAUCUCCUCCAUCACUACUGAACUGCAGAGUCUGAACAACCUGACAGAACUGGACCUGUCAGCGAACCACUUCACACAGGUGAGCUCUAUGGGUCUGUCCUCUCUGAGCCGGUUGGUGACUCUGUACCUGGAGGAGAACCGCAUUGAGGAGUUGGAGGACUUCAGUCUGAGGAACCUGUCCAGUCUGGAGGAGCUCUACAUGAACCACAACCGCAUCUCCUCCAUCGGACCCAAAGCCUUCGCCGGACUCACCAACCUGCUGCGGCUCCACCUGAACUCCAACCGACUGGUGGCCAUCGACAGCCGCUGGUUCGAGUCCCUACCGUCCCUGGAGAUCCUGAUGAUCGGGGAGAACCCCAUCCUAGGUCUGGAGGAGAAGAACUUCCUGCCACUGUCCCGCCUCCACAGUCUCGUGCUGGCUGGGAUGGGUCUGGCCUCCGUCCCCGCCGCCGCCUUCCUGGGCCUCGACUACCUGGAGAGCCUCUCCUUCUACGACAACCGGCUCAGGUCUGUUCCUCGGGACGCUCUGAGCGUGCUCCCUAACCUGAAGUUCCUGGACCUGAACAGGAACCCGAUCAGCCGAGUCCAGCAGGGAGAUUUCCAGAACCUCCAGCACCUGGAGGAGCUCAGUCUGAACAACAUGGACGAGCUGCUGAUGGUGGAGCGAGCAGCUUUUCAGAACCUUCCAGAAAUCGCCAAACUGGAACUCUGCAGCAACUCACGCCUGUCGUACAUCGACCCGCAGGCCUUCAGUGAGCUGUCCUCCCUGCGUACUCUCCUCCUCCACAGUAACCAGCUGAGCCUCCUCUCUGGAGACCUCCUGUCCUCCCUCCCGUCCCUGGAGGAGGUGUCUCUUCACUCCAACCCGCUGCGCUGCGACUGUCUCUCCUCCUGGGGUCCUCACCUCGGCAAACAGUCGCACCUCAAGAUGCUGGAUUCCUCCAUCACCCUCUGCUCCUCCCCGUCUCACAUGAUUGGCCGGAAGCUUCAGGAGGUGGUGGGGGUCGGCUGGGGCGGGGUCGGUGGCGGUGGGGGCGGGGCCAACAGCUGCCUGCCUCACAUCUCUCCUCACGCCUUCCCACCGGCCAUGAACGUCAGCGCCGGGCAGCCAAUCACACUGGAGUGCUGGGCGGAUGCUGACCCCGCCCCUCAGUUCUACUGGGUGACGCCCACUGGAGACAAGGUGAGCUCGGAGGCGGUGGCUGCGCCAAUCAUAUCAGAGGAGGGGCGUGGCCUGAGCAGGAGGAAGAAGAAGCAUCGCGUGUCAGAGCCCGGAGCGCUGGUCAUCGAACACGCCGAGCCGUCAGACGCAGGUGUGUAUACCUGUGUAGCGUGGAACAUGGAGGGCGCAGACACCAAGAGCAUCUCAGUGUUUGUGGACUCUCAGGGAUCUGUGGGCUCGUGGUCGCUCAGGGGGAUCCGGUGGGGCGGUGAGCCCAGCAGAGAGCAGCCCUGGCUGUGGAACUCGUCCAGCGCUGCAGCCUCUCUGGUGGUGCUGGCGAAGGUGGUGCACGCCCAGUCGGUGGUGUUGGAGUGGAAACUGUAUCCCAGCAGCGGAGCUUCGUCUGUGGGUCAGAACCAGCAGGACGCCCCCCUUCCUCUGACCCGCUGGACCAGCGCCACCGUGCACAUUGACAACCCUCAGAUCAGCUACACUGCCGAGGUUCCAGUAGAUGUUCAGGAGUAUAAUCUGACUCACCUCCUUCCCGCCACGGAGUACCACGUCUGCCUCACCGUCUACUCCUCUGCUCCCUUCCCCUCCUCCUCACCCAGCUCCUCUCCCUCCCCGUCCUCCUCCUCCUCCCCCGUCCACACCUCCUGUUUGAACGUCACCACUAAGGAGAAGGGUUUCUCGGUGGAGCUGGUGGCUUCGCGGCGCAGCAGCGUGGCAUUGGCGGCCGUCAUGGGCUCCAUGUUCGCCCUGUCAAUCAUGGCGCUGCUGGUGGUCUACAUGGGCCGCCGCGUGCAGCAGCACAAGUCCUGUGGACACUCGCUGAAGAAGUACAUGCAGCACGCCACCUCCAUCCCUCUGAACGAGCUGUACCCGCCGCUCAUCACGCUGUGGGAGAGCGAGGUCGAGAAGGACAAGGAGGACAAGGAGGAGGAGAGGGUGGAGGAGGCGGGGGGGAGUCAGAUCGACACCACAAAGACGUACAUGUGGUAGCCGGAGGAGACGGGAGAGGUUUUAACCAGCUGAAAGACACCGGAGGGUUCACAGGGGGGGCGAAGAGGAACUGGAUGACCAGCAAAGGGAGAGGUCACAUGACUCAACGAGUAGCCUGAUGGGUAGAAAAACGUCCACGAUGUCGAUAACAAACACACCUGGCUGCUGAGAUGUGCAGAUGUGUUUCUCAAACUGUGGGUCCGGGCCGGUUAAUGGGCCGUGUCAGCUGGUUUAAACGGGGCGGUUGUCCUUCCAGCAGCAGAUGAACUGUUGAUCUGUGAGUCUAAAUGUUUUCUACUCUUCCUCUCUUUCUCUUUUCAUUCUCUCUUCUCUCCUCUUCCCUCUGCCUCUGUCAAGCACACUGACAGUAACUGUACUGUUAAAAAAAAAAAAAUCGAAUUAUUGUAAUUUAGUUCAUCUGAUGAACAUGAAUGCAGCACUAACACUCAGCACAGGCAGCCAUGUGGAAUAUUUCACCUUAGAGGUUGUCAGAGUGGCACUUAAAGGUCCCGUCUUCAAACAUUUCAAAGCUAUUUAUAGAAAAUAAUGUUGAAUCAAAAUUCCCUCCGUGUUUAUAUCAGCUGCAGCUCAAACAUCCGAGUAAUACAAACCUCAAACACAACGUCAAACUGUAUGCAGAUGACAUGUUAUUGUACAGAUAGAAAUUUAAACACACAUCUUAUAUACAUAUAUUAUUUUUACAACAACACAUUUAAUGUAGUGAGCACUGCCAGGAGCAGAGUUAUAGGUAAAUAUUUACAACAUAAAUCACAUGUUUUAUAGACCCUUUUUGUGUCGACGUCAUGAUGACGUCACGUUGUUAGCUGGAGGCAAAACAAAGGAAUGACUGGAGGCUAACACUAGCAGUGGGCUAAAGUUACACAUCUAAAAUGUCAUAUUGUUGUGUUGUUGGGUGCUAGAAUCAAGAUAUCACAAACAUUUGAGACGUUAAACUGUGAUUCGAGGCUCUAGCGAGCUACAAUAUCGGCGAAACGUUUCCGAGAUGGAGAGUAAAUGUUGCUAAUAUUUAGCCUUCUGCUAACCGCAGCCGUGACCUAUUGGCUAUGAUUAGCAGAGGGUUAUUAGCAACCCUUUCUCUCCAUCUCUGAAAUGCUUCACCAAUAUUAUACAACUUUCUUUUUGACAGACUUUACUGAAGGAUGGUUAACUAUAGGCAUCCAAAGAUUUAUAUACCCUCAAUCAUUUUAAUUUUGCCGUCUACUCCUCCUGAAGUAGUCUGCCAGCGGCGUAGGGGUCGGCUAAUCUGGUAACAUUGUUAUUAUAAGAGAUACAGUGACAUCAGCAAAGUGGACAUAUUUUCUACGAUAGUCAUGUAUGACAAGAGACUAGACAACUUCAAUCUCUGUAUUCACAUCACAGGAAAUAGAAAAAAACAGUUUCCUCUGUUGACGACCCUUCCUGUUUUCAGUCUGCACAUUCAGUCACUUUCCAUUCAGCUUCGAACCAACAAACAAACUUCCCGUCUGAUUUCGGGACCUUUAAUCCUCCAGAAACUUCACUUUACUUGACGCAGCAUGAAUGCAUCACUGUUCUAUUUUAUUCUAUUUGUUCUGCAUCAGGAGUACACACAGUGGCUGUCACGGUGACGGUAGUCAUCCUGCUACAGUCCCACUGACGCCACUGUUAGGUCCAUGUGAAGAACUUUAUCAAUACCCUCUGCACGGACACUAACAGGGACCACGUUGGACUUGUGUUCGCUCACUAAUGCAGAGUUAUAAUCACUGUUUUAUAUCCUGUAACACUGACUUCUUUUGGGUUUUUAGACGUUGCACUGGGAGGUGGAGGUGGAGGUGGUGCUGCAUGCCUUUGCACUCAUAUUUAGGACUGUUUGUAUAAAACCACGUCUGUGUGACGACCUGCAAACUGUUCGGUUCAAUCAGGAAGAUAUACAUCAGACUGGCAAUACAAACAAGAAUGUUUUAAUGGAUCAAACCACUAAUUGAUUAAUCUGAAAAAUAAUGAAUAGACACAGAAAACAAUAGCCUGAGAUAUCUGCAGGUUUUGUUUUCUUUGGUGAAUGGAGUUUGUGUCAACAGGAAGUCAGAUUUUUAAUAGAAAGAAGGUUUCUGAAUAUGAGCUCCAGAUUCAGAUUUAUUGACGUAUGUUGAUUCGUCAGUUUGCAGGUUUGUCAUUCAGACUUUCAGCCAAAUAUUCCCUCAACUGUCUGUCAACCAAAACACUUCAGGAACAAACACCCAAAGGAUGCACUGGGCAUUUUAGAGAAUAUAUUCUGUAUAUAUUUACAUGCUGUUCUAAAGAUGUUUCUCUGGUUGUUGUGAGGAGCUUCUCUGUUUUGUCUUAGUAAACUGACUCUCUGUUGGUCAAACAAAAUGAGACAUUGGAAGACGUCACUCUGGAGAAAUUAAAAUAAUGUGGAGAUGAACUGAUAAACAGUGAUCAUCAGUUUGGACCUUCAAACCUUCAGAGUUCAGUGUGAAAACAGAGCGGCACCCUCCGGCAGCGAUCAGAGUGAACAACCACAAUGACAU